UAAACUGACAACCGAGUCAGUCUCCAUUAGCAGAGGAGCAGCCUGUCCUGACUAAACGGUUGCUUCUUUGUUCCUUUACUGCCCCACAUGAAACACCAAGGGCGCAGAGGUCUGUCUACUCAUGUGUCUGGCUCCAGGGCUCCUCAGCAUUAACACUAACAGCUAACGUUGACGUUGGGUUAGCUAGCGUUUUCGUUAGCAGCGGGACUCCUCAGCCUGACAGUCGACAGCAGCAGUGGGAUCAGAGCGGAGCCGUCCGGGGAGGAGGAGAGGUUCCUGGAUGUCUCACACACUCACACACACACACACACACACACACGGCGCACUCUAAUUAGCCAGCCAGCCAGCUAACGUCAAGUUGCUGCCUGUAAACUGGUCGCCAGCGAGGAGCGAAAGGAGGAAUUUCACGGUAGGGGCCUUUGUUCAACAAACUAGUGGAGGCCACCAGACGGAGGUGCUGACUGUGUGACUGCUGAUCCCUGAGGAGCAUGAGUCAUGACCUCGGUGGUACUGGUCGACACUGGUGGGACGGUGGUGGAGUAUGUUACAGCUGAGGAGGACCCCCAGCAGGAGGGAGAGUCUGAGGUGGACCUGGAGCUUGAAGGAGAGGUAGAAGGCGAGUGUGAAGCUGAGGUGGCCUAUGAAGAGAUACAGGACAGAGAAGAGGCUGAGGACUACCCAGCAGUCAUAGUGGAGGAGAUACCUGGCGCCAGCCUGACCGAGGAGCAAGGUUACUCAGCCCAGGUGUUGGUGUAUGAUGACGAGGCCUACCUGAUGCAGGAAGUGGGUGAUGAGCAGGAGGUAGAGACAGAAGGGGAGGCAGUGGAGGCUUCUGUCCAUGGCACCAGUGUCCACUGCUCUGACAAGACCUUUGAGGCUGCAGAAGCUCUGCUACGCAUGGAUUCACCCUCCAGCCUCAGAGAAGACCGUAGCCCAGAAGCUUUUAUUCCGCCUUAUGUAGCGACACCAGACUUCCUUCACGCUGCCAUGCGUCCCGACAUGAUUACAGAGACAGAGGUGGAGAUAUCGACAGAGGAGUGCUGCGAGGAGGAAGAUGAGGAGAUGGUCACCCUGCUUGAAGAGCCAGAACCAGACCCCGGCCACGAGCCUGUCAGGAAGCGCAGAGCUGGACGGAAGCCAAAGACGCAUCAGUCAGCUGUUUCCAACGGCUCACUGGACCUCGGCAUCAAGAAGAAACCACGAGAUGGGAAAGCAGGGAGCACCACCUACCUAUGGGAGUUCCUGUUGGACCUCCUCCAGGACAAGAACACCUGUCCCAGGUAUAUCAAGUGGACCCAGAGGGAGAAGGGCAUCUUCAAACUGGUCGACUCAAAGGCUGUGUCCAAGCUGUGGGGCAAACACAAGAAUAAGCCUGACAUGAACUAUGAGACCAUGGGACGGGCACUCAGAUAUUACUACCAGCGCGGCAUCCUCGCCAAGGUAGAGGGCCAGCGACUGGUUUACCAGUUCAAAGAGAUGCCCAAAAACAUAGUCAUCAUUGACGACGACAAGGCAGACAUGCCCGCCCCUGACGAUCUGAUCGGCUCAGACACCGUCGCAUCCUACGAGCGCGUGCCGCUGCCACCAGACAUGCUGCUGCAGGUGACCGAGCUGUCAUCCUCCAAGAAGCCCAACAUCCUGCGGGGCGGGAACAGGGCCAAUGUGGUCCACGCUCCUCUCGCCACGGGCAGCAAGACAGUGGCAGCAGGUGGUGCAGCGGGGAUACCAAGGAUAGUGACUGUUUCAACAGCACCAGAUGGGAGUCAGACCCAGCAGUCUCACACGGCUAUCAUCUCUAACGCCACGGGGCCCAGGACGGUGCGGGUGGCUAUGCAGGUGCCCGUAGUCAUGACAACAUCGCUGGGUCAGAAGAUCUCCACUGUUGCUGUGCAGCAGCCGGCAGUAACAACGGGGGCAGCCAGCCACGCCACACUCCUCACCAACACUUCUGCUAUCGGUGCUGCUGCUGGUAACACCAACUCACAACAGAAGGUUGUGAUCCAGACCAUCCCCACCAUGGUUCCAGCCACAGCAGAGAACGGAGACAAGAUCACUGUCCAGCUGGCCAAGAUCAUCACAAUCCCAGCCCACCAGUUAGCUCAGUGUCAGCUCCAGGCCUCCACAGGCACGAACAAGCCCGGCGUCGGGGCCUCCCCAGCAAGCAUCAGCCUCCUCGGGAGCCCCCUGACGGUCCGGGCCCUGGCCCCUGUCAACGUCGCCCCGGGAACGCAAGUGAUGCGACUCACCGUGCCGACGCAGAUGCAACAACAGACUCUGGUGGUGUCACAGCCGGGCAGCGGGGCAGGGGUGGUCACGGUAUCAACAGCCAAUCAGACGGUGACGGCACAGCCUCGGAUCAUAAGCGGCAUCAUUAAUGGUUCAGAGCUGGUGAUAGGAGCACCAGCAACCGGUGGAGUCGCUUUGGAGAAGCUGAAGGCCGCAGGAGUCCAGGUCCAAGCUGUGCAAGUGCCGGUGGCGGUCCAGCAGAACCAGGUGAACCCCAAAACUGUCCAGAACGUCCAAUCAGAGGUCGUGGACGCUGAGGUGGUUAUCAAACUGGAAACGCCGGACGUGACGAUAAAGUCAGAAGAGCCCGAGUGUUGAAAUGUCCAUCAUUUCCUUCUCUGCCAGACAGGGUUAGGUUGUACAUGUCUGACGUCAUUUUUACUCUUGUAAUAACCAGCAGCAGCCUGUGAGACUUUAAAGACUCCCGAAGGCCUGUUUUUAGUCCUGAACCUGUCUACACAUUUUCCUUGUUGCUGCCAAGAACUUUACUGAACAAAGCCGGUCUCCCUCAGAACCACACUGAAACCUCUGAGUGUCGUGUACAGAGUUCAAACUGUACUCCGCAACCAAGGAAUACACACAGACUUUAAAGGAACUUGUUGGGAAAGGUAAAGGGACCAACCUUGAUCACUACAAUUUAUGCCUUCUAAAUAUAUCGCUAUCACUGACUCAAAUUGGGGGAAAAGGAAAGAACCUUUUAAAAAUACAAAGCAGAAGCUGAAACACUACAAAACAAGGCAAAUAAUUACAACUAACCAAAAUGUGUACUAUCAAAUAAAAGACACAGCGGGGGGUGUAAUGAAGCUUUUGUAGAGACCAUUUGUGUAUAAUUUUUGCCUCUACAGAUGUAAAAACCAGCAAAUUAAAAAACUUUUUUUUUUUUUUACUUAUAUCACUGUGCAGAUCAAGUGUCGGUGGUGCUACUUGAGUCGUAAAAAAAUGGAGCUGCGAGAAGCUCUAACAACGAUAUCAGACAGAAAAUGUUUUUUUAUAUAUUAAAAAAACAAUCUACUAUACAGUUUACGGAGCUAAAGUUAACAGAACAGCUUUAGAUUUUAAUUUUGACUUUCUUUUUCAUGUAUUGUCUGAACAGUAAGCUGAAAUUUAGUUUGUGUUUUGAUACCUUGUACCAAGCACAGUAUUAUUGAAGCUAAGGGAACUAUUAUUAUUAUUAUUAUUAUUAUUAGUUUCUCUGUUUCCUGAUGGAGACAGAGGAACUAAUAAUAAUAAAAACACUCAUAUAGAUUGAAUCUUACAGGAGAAACGGUAACAUGUUGUAGAUCAGUGGCCCGAUGGCUUGCAGUGUAACCUCCAGCGUCUAGGAAAAUCUCUAGGCUUGAAUUUCAGACUUAAUUGACAAAAGGAUUUUGGCUUUUUCUCUUCUUUCUUUUUUUGACAGAUGUUUGCUCUUUUCAGAACCCUACAGUCUGCAUGGAAAUGCGACUCUGAGCUGAUGCAUGCUGCCAUGUCUUGAAAAAAGAAUCCAGAUAAGAAUGUAUGUAAACUCAGAGGUCAAGAAUGAAUUAAAGACAUUUAUUUUAAUUAUUAAAAGAGAGGCAUUGAAAAUCACAAGUUUAUGCAAAAUGUCUGCGAGAAACAUACCACUGUGGAUGCCAGGUCACUUUACUUCUCGCUUAAAACAGAGGGUCAAUUUGCCAGCAUAGAUUUUUUUUUUUUUUUUUUUUUACUGCCACUUUGGCCCUGCCCCUACAUUUCAUUAUUUUUUAUCUAAAAAGAGGGAAAAUGGAGAGAAAGAUGUUUGUGUUCAGACUGAACUGUUUGUAUAUUCAACAUUUGAAGUAUAUUCUAUUUUGCUGUACUCUUGUUUCAAAGUGUAUUAGAUUUUACUGAACUAUAAAAAGAUAUUUGAAACCUG